AUGGAUUCCAAGCGUAACUCUGAUAUCAGAUAUGAAGUGAUGAAGGAAUGUCACAUCAAUGAAGCUGCACACAUACUGACGGCUGCAUUUCUUCAUGGUGAACCAUUGUUUCAAGUAGUGUCCCAGCCAUACGAAGCUGAAUUAUCAUCAAAUAUCAGUCUAUGCACACACUGUGUAAAAGAGGGUGUGUCGAUGGUUGCUAUUGAUAACGCCACUGGAGAGGUAGUUGGUGCCGCAACUGGAAUUCUUUGCCAUGGCAACAAAAUUGAAGACGGGCACACAGAUCACCCAAUGGUCACGCCAGAAUCAACUUCCUUUCUAUCAAUUAUCAUUCCUUUUCUGGAAGAAUUGGAAAAGGUUUUCUACAAAUAUCCUGAUUUCACUAACAACCGUGACUGCAUGGUAUUAAGUAGUAGCAAGAUAGGGGUACACAAAGACUAUGGAGGCAUGGGUAUUGGCACCAAAUUGGCACGCAUGCGUGGUGAAUUGGGCAGGGGAAAGGGGGUGAAGUUUAUUGUGGUAGCAUGUACAGGGCCAUUAAGUCAAAAGUUGUAUUCAAGAUUAGGUUAUGAGUGUAUUGGUGAAAUUGUAUAUAAAGACUAUACAACCAAAGGAGAAAGACCAUUCGCUAAAAUCACAGUGUGCCCAGCAGCCAAACUAUUUGUAAAAAAGUAUUGA